AUGCACCGCACGAUUCUCAACCUCGCGCGAAGCGUGAUAUUCGCUGAUAUUCGCCUGCGCGCUUCCACUUCAACUUCUGGGGCACGCUGCGUUGUAUGCGGUGUACGUGCUAAACAGGAGCCUCACGCGCUCAAACCCAAAAGCAUCGUCUUCUACGGGUCACAAUGCUACGUCUACCGCGACCCACGCAAGAACUCGCUGGCGCAGCGAUCGCACAUCGGGACGAUCAUCGGGAUCAGCAACGAGACCAAAGGGUACAAGGCCUGGUUGAGGAACGAAGGCAAGGUUAUCGUCACCCAGCACGUCAAACGAAUCAAAACGAUGACUGAGACUCAGAACGCGCAGCUGCAAUGCGCAAUUGACAGCGACGACCGAGCCGAAGCUGCGGAGGAGACAGCGCAAGAGAUAGAUGAGCACAAGGCUCGACAGACACACGGCACGGGUGGCGCGACAAAGCGCGCUCAAGCAGCAGUCCGUCAGGAGGAGCCAGAAGCUGGUGAGGACGUCGUGAGUGCGGCGUUUAAACGUGACCCGCAGAACUACGCCAAGGCUAUGCGAAGUACCAGCGAGACGGCUAGGUGA